GGGCGAGUGGCGACGCGGCUGCAGCAACUACCAUCUACCAUGCGCAGCGCGCUGGAUCACGUGACGGUGUGUCGCGGUGGGCGCCGUCGAUACAGGAUUGGUCGAUGCCGCGAUAUGUAACCCCCAUUCGGCGUCACUUGAACAAAGAGACGAGGCUACCCCGUUCGUGCUCGUGAGCUCUGCCAUUAGAAAGUCGUCGGUAGUCGAUGAACGCGGAACCUCCGCGAGUUUGGAUCGAGAGAACGAGAGGGAGAAAGAUAAAAAGAGCUGAUCCAUCGGUUCGAUCACGUCGCGAUCAAGUUUUAUCAGUCUGAAUUGCCAGUCUGCCGGGACUCGACGACAACGGAAAGAAAGAAGAGAGUGGCAGUGGAAGGACAGUUCGGAGAGACAAGCCCGGCUUUAGAGAUCAGCUCUAGCAACUCCGACCUACCGACGCGACGGUCCCGGAUCGGCCGAAUUGUCGGAAUCGAUCCGGUGAAACGAAGCGUGAAACGGAAAGCGCGCCUUUUAUCCGCGAGCACUGUUAAGAAACUCGCGUGGACGAGUCGACAACGAGGAGGCGAAUUGGCAGGCAACGAAGCGAGCGUUGAGAAACGACGCGUGGACGCUCACCCGACGACGAUCCGAAAUCGAUCCUCCACAUACAUCUGUUACAUCUGUUAUCGUGCGCCGGAUUGCAUCCUCAUCGGUGAGGAUCUUCGAGGGACGCUCCGGCGGUUAGCCCAUCGCGCUGGAGGGUCGAGGACGUACGACGAGCGCUGUAGAGUGCUACGCAGCGACGUGGCGACGACGCCAUUUUGUGGUGACUGGUACUGUGCGCUUCUUUCGGCAUCAACGCCGUCGAGCUUACUCAUCGCCGCGCCGUGACCCGUGACACGCGCGUAUCUCUGAUACUCAUCGCCUUCAAUCGGUAUAAAACGGCGUGGAGUAGCGGUGGCUUUUCGCCUUCGGAACCGUGGAUCGCGAGAGACAGCGAGACGGAGAGAGAGAAAAAAAGAGAGAGAUAAACAGUGCCCAUAUAUUUGAGCAAGAUCGAGUGCGUCAUCGACGUGGCUUUCAUCCCAUCGCGAUACAGGAGAGAGAGAGAGAGAGAGAGAAUUUUCUAUUGGAUUAUUGUCAUCGACGCCUUCGCCCUGGGUCACCACCGACCAUGAGACUGGAAAUCGUGUCGGCGGCGGAUUUUUUGGUGCACCUGCUGCGCCUGCAGGCGGGUCAGCUGUCGGAACGGCAACUGGAGAUGUUCAAAUCAUCAUUGACGGAGGUGUUGCGCCACCGUUAUCGGGAUCACUGGUUCCCAGAUCGGCCAAAUCGCGGCUCCGGCUAUCGUUGCAUACGCAUCAACGGUAAAAUGGAUCCGGUAAUCGCGCAGGCUGGUGCGAACGUCGGCCUGUUGCCGACGGUACUGCACAGUCUAUUCCCCAGCGAGCUUACCAUGUGGAUCGACCCGUCGGAAGUAUCGUACAGAAUCGGCGAGAAUGGUUCCAUCUGCGUGCUGUACGAGCGUACCGAGGCCGAGAACGUGGAAGAGAUCUCCCAGCAGCAGCAGCAGCAACAGCAUCAGCAUCAACAUCAUCAUCAACAACAACAACACCAGCACCAUCAUUCGCAGCAACAUCAACAAGCACCAACUAUUAUGCCGUCGCCAUCCCAGCAACAACAACAGCAACAAUUCGAAACCUGCAAAGACUCUCUGUUGCUGGAACACACGCAAUUCAGCGAGCAGAUCGCCGCGUACGUCUCCAGCUGAAUCGCCGGGCUCGCCGCCGCGCUCGUGUCUACGCUUCUGAAAUGAUCUACUAUAUAUAUAAGCGCACGUGCAUCUCGUGAUAUGUGAUAUCCCGCGUGAUGAUUGUGUCGCGUCGGACCGGGUACGUCCGCGCGCUCCUCAACCUUUUGUGAACUCCAAACGUGCGUGCGUCUCUUCCCUCCUUUGCGUUUUUCUUCUCUUUCUCUCUCUCUCUCUCUCUCUCUCUCUCGUCCUUUUCCUUUCUAUUUUUCCCUUCCU